GAAAGUAUCUAUCCCGAGAGUGGGCCUCCCAGUCCCACUCCGGGGGAGGAAGCUGAUCCAACGGUUACCACCGAUUAUCGCACCGACAGCUUGCCAAUAACCGUCGUACCGGCCAAAUAUAGAAGACGCAGCAGAUAUACAUCUGUCCACCAUAGGUUGACCGUUUGACCCCCCUCACGUUGCAUGGAGGAAGGAGAGAGA